AUGGCGUCAACAAGUUUCGAGUUACCAGAUCCAACAUCAGAUCUUCAUUGGUCUGCUUUUCGUGGUGCUAUUCAAGAUAUCUUCACUACAAAUGCUGAAGCUCAUCCUGAUAGACUUUGUGUAGUGGAAACUGCCUCUGCAACUUCUCCAAGGAGAGAAUUUACCUACCGCCAAAUCAAUGAAGCUUCCAAUAUUCUAGCACAUCACUUGGUGGAGCGUGGGGUUAAAAGAAAUGAAGUUGUUAUGUCAUACAGUUAUCGUGGUGUGGAUUUGGUUGUCACUGUCAUGGGUAUCUUGAAAGCUGGUGCUAUUUUCUCAGUCAUUGAUCCUUCAUAUCCUCCGGAUCGACAAAACAUCUAUCUUGAUGUCGCAAGACCAAGAGCUUUAGUAGUCAUCGAUAAAGCCACUAAGGAGGCUGGAGAGUUGACGGAGAAAGUACGUAACUUCAUUGCCGAGAAUUUGGAUUUGAAGACCUAUAUUCCAGGUCUCGAAUUGAAGGAUGAUGGAACUUUAGUUGGUGGUGACGAUCAGGGAAAGGAUAUCUUCCAAGGCCAACAAUCAUUGAAGUCUAAGAGUCCCGGUGUUAUCGUUGGUCCAGAUUCUACACCAACUUUAUCAUUUACUUCCGGUUCCGAAGGUCGUCCAAAGGGUGUUCGAGGAAGACAUUACUCUCUUGCAUACUAUUUUGACUGGAUGGCAGAGAGAUUUGGUUUAUCCAAGAAUGACAAGUUCACCAUGCUGAGUGGUAUUGCUCAUGAUCCUAUUCAAAGAGAUAUCUUUACACCUCUCUUUCUUGGUGCUCAAUUAUUGGUUCCAUCCAAGGAUGAUAUUCAGCAUGAAAGACUGGCUGAAUGGAUGAGGGAACAUGGUGCUACUGUUACUCACUUGACACCGGCAAUGGGUCAAAUUUUAGUUGGUGGAGCUAGUGCUGAAUUUCCGGCUCUUCAUCACUCCUUUUUUGUCGGAGAUAUUUUGAUCAAAAGAGAUUGUAAGGCUCUUCAAAAGUUGGCUCCAAAUGUGUUCAUUGUGAACAUGUAUGGGACAACCGAAACGCAGCGUGCAGUCAGUUACUUUGAGAUUCCAAGUCGAGCUUCGGAUCCACAAUACUUGGAGAAUAUGGGAAAUGUGAUUCCCGCUGGUAAGGGAAUGAAGGACGUGCAAUUACUUAUUGUCGAUCGGGAAAAUCGAAACCGUAUUUGUAACAUUGGCGAAAUUGGCGAGAUUUACGUUCGAGCUGCUGGACUUGCUGAAGGUUAUCUUGGAAGUGACGAACUCAAUAAGGCCAAGUUCAUCGACAGUUGGUUUGUUGAUAAUUCCAAGUGGAUCGAAGAAGACGCAAAAAAGGCCAAAUCCUUGUCCGAAGAACCAUGGAGGGAAUUCUAUAAGGGUCCAAGAGAUCGAAUGUAUCGAUCGGGUGAUCUUGGUCGAUACAGUCAAACUGGAGAUGUAGAAUGUGUUGGUCGCGCAGAUGAUCAAGUUAAGAUUCGUGGGUUCAGAAUUGAACUUGGUGAGAUCGAUAAAUACCUCUCAGAUCACGUUAUGGUUAUGGAUAAUGUCACUUUGGUCAGAAGAAAUAAGGAUGAAGAACAAACACUUGUCAGCUAUAUCGUACCUGAUAUGCAAAAGUGGGCACAAUGGUUAGAGCAAUCAGGUCUCGAAGAUGAUGUCUCAGGUGGCGAAGGGAUUCAAGGAAGACUUCGGAGAUUCUGGCCUCUUGGUGAAGAUAUCAAGAAAUACCUCAAGACGAAGUUGCCUACCUACGCAAUCCCAGAAGUCAUCAUUCCAUUGGAGAAGUUUCCUCUCAAUCCAAAUGGAAAGAAGGACAAGCCUGCACUUCCAUUCCCGGAUGCUGCACAAUUAGCAGCAGCAAGACCUGUUGGUGCUUAUUCCGAACUUUCAGACGGUGAAAAGGAGGUUGCGGCAAUUUGGGGAUCAUUGAUUCCUACCAUUGACGAAAGAACAAUCAAUCCUGAUGAUUCAUUCUUCGAUAUUGGAGGACACAGUAUCUUGGCGCAACAAAUGCUUUUCAAAGUCAACAAGAAAUGGACUGGAAUCAACAUUAAUAUGAGCGUCAUCUUCCGAAACCCAACAUUGAAAGGAUUCGCCGCAGAGAUUACUCGCAGAUCAUCACCCGAUGGUGAUGUAAAAGAGGAAGUUGAAGUUGCUGAGGAUUAUGAAGGAGAUGCCCAUGCGCUUGCUAAAACUCUUCCAUCAACCUUUCCCUCAGCAGAUGAAGAGAUCACACCAACCACACCUCUUACUGUCUUCCUUACUGGUGCUACAGGUUUCCUCGGCUCAUACCUUAUGCGCGAUCUUCUCUCUCGCUCUCAACCUAUCAAAAUCAUUGCUCAUGUGCGUGCCCUCGACUCCAAAGCAGCUCUUGAUCGUGUCAUCCAAACUUGCCAAGCAUAUGGAGUUUGGGAUCCUUCUUGGACAUCACGCAUUUCCUGCGUAACCGGUAACCUCGGAGAAUCACAACUUGGUCUUUCUCCCGAGGACUGGAAGACCGUCUCCGAAACCGCAAACGUGAUCAUACAUAACGGAGCUCAAGUCCAUUGGGUCUACCCAUACCAAAACCUCAAGCCCGCAAACGUAAAGGGAACCUUAGAUAUUCUUUCUCUCUGCGCUACUGGUAUUCCCAAACGUCUCUCCUUUGUCUCAUCCACAUCCGUCCUUGACACCGACCACUUCGUCCAACAAUCAAAAUCCGGCAUCCCCGUCUCUGAAGAAGAUGAUCUUUCUGGUUCAGCAAAGGGUCUCGGAACAGGCUAUGGACAAUCAAAAUGGGUAGCCGAAUACCUUGUCCGACAAGCCGGCGCACGUGGUCUCCGUGGUACAGUCGUCCGACCUGGCUACAUCACCGGUGACAAAACCUCCGGAGUAACAAAUACCGAUGAUUUCCUAAUCCGCAUGGCAAAAGGUUGCAUCCAACUUUCAUGUCGUCCACGCAUCGAAAAUACAGUCAACCAAGUCCCCGUUAACCACGUCGCACGCGUCGUCAUAGCCUGUGCAUUACACCCUGCCAAAACACCCCUUGGCGUCGCUCAAGUAACUUCGCAUCCCAGACUAACGUUCUCCCAAUACCUCUCCACGCUUGAAACCUACGGCUACAACGUCCCCGAAGUAGAAUACCCCAUCUGGAGCCAGAAACUCCAAGCCUACGCUGCAGACAGCACUCCCGAAAAAGAACAACAUGCCCUUAUGCCCCUUUACCAUUUCGCCACCUCGGAUCUCCCAGCCGAUACCAUCGCUCCGGAGAUGGACGAUAGCAGCGCAGCAGCAUCUCUCAAAGCUGAUGCAGAGUUCACAGGCGAGGAUUGGAGAAUUGGAUUUUUGCCUCUUCCGGAGGAGGGUAAGGGGAAGCCGUUACCUGGAGUUACGAUUAGUGCUGAGCAGAAGAUUGCGCUGUUGAGAGUUGGAGGAAGGGGUGCAUUGGUUUGA